AGCUGACAUUCCGACAGAUAGUGCAACAAGAACGACUUAUUUGUCAGAAAAUUCCGUUUCUUCCCAAGAACAAAUAAUGAUGUUUGAACUUGUUCUGUAUUAAGAAGUUGAACUUCCUCCUCGAUCUUCAUCUAGGGAGGUUCAUCUUCAUUUACUUAAUAUCCUCUUCUAAAAGAUGAGUUCCAUUGGUAACCCGUACGCGGCGUACGGGACAAGUGAUCCCGAUGCGCCGGAUUAUAACCCGUACCUUGUGGAGGAAAAUCCUUAUGCGGCCGGCGGCUCUUUGGCGGGAGAGGGGCUCCUCGCAGAUCAUGGCAGUGGAGGAGCAAUGGCCUUGGUCCAAGACCUCAUAGGUUAAGGGUAAUGAUGGUUCAGUCUCACAGAGUAUACUGCAUUCUCGCAGAGUACUUAAAUAGUUCAGUCUCACCGUCACCGAGUUAGCAUCUGUCCUCGUUUAUUCCGGUUAGAAAUGUAAAAAACCUCCUGCAACACAAAACCCUCCGCCUUUUCACCCUUUUGGUUGGACUUAUUCCCCGAAUGGGUAAACUACUUACUACGACUGCUAGGAUCGGAAGAGGCCGCGAACCCAAACUCAGAAUCUGAAGGUAAUGUUUGUUUGGAGAAAUGUAACAUGAUACUUUGGCAUUCCUCGGCCCAUCUCAUUAUUGUGAACUCUAAAUAGGGGGCCGGGAACCACCAGCACCUCCAGUAGUCGUGCACCACGAAGGCGAGAUGGGGGAUCCUGUUGAUGCUGGUUCUGACAAUGUCUUAGAGGCAAUCUUGCCAUUGGAGGAUGAUAGUGGAGCAGUUAUGAAGAAUUUUGAGUCGAUGUCUUUCACUCUCUUGUAGACCUAAACUACACAAGAUAAAGCUGAAAGUCAACCUGUAUUGUUGGUAAAUUGAAUUUCUACUCGCCAGAAAUUAUACAUCACAUCCGUUUUAACUGGGUAUAGCAUCGUUAUCAUAUGUAACACUCACUGUGACAAACAAGAAGGUGAGUUGCUUAUUCAGCUCGCCACCUUGACGUAAGUAUUUGGGAAGGUGGUUCGUGUAGCCCAUCUUCGCCAUCUCUUCUAAACACAGCAACCUCCGGGGAGGAGGGAGUGCUGAAGGAGGAGUGGAUGCUAGUAGUUAUAACUCGCCACCCCCUGCUGCUUCUGGGAGCUACACUCCACCUCCAGCGCCAGCGUCGGGAACCAAGUCGCAACCGAACAAGGCCCCACAGGCGAUUAGCAUUCCUUUUACUGAUCGAGAGGGAGGAAAAAAGCCAAUCUUGAAAAUUAUGUUGAUUUCAUUUUGCUUGUUGAUGCAUAAUUCUUUUCGGUGAUAUACAAAAAAACUCAAUGAAUAUGAAUAUAUCUUCCUGUCAGUCACCUGAUAUCUUGUCACAUAGAUGAGAUGCAGAUGUCCUCGAUUCAGGUUUUGUCUAAGUUUCGGCCUUUUCUCAAACGGGGUGCGCGGAACCCUGUUUCUACUGAGAAGGAUUUUUUAGAGAAAAUCGAUGCAAAAAAGGACGCCAAUGGAGAUGACGUUGAGGAACCAGUGCCAAAGAACAAGACGCCAGGGCGCAAGCGACCUUCAUCGGUUUUUUCGGCUGCAGAUAGAGGACAAAUUAUGAACCUAGGAAAACGAAAAUCUAGAACAUUUAUUUUAUCAUCCGCUGAUCAUGUUGUAAUAAUGAUCAUUACCGAUACCGAGGGCGAGGAAACGUUCAUGUUUGUACAUUUGAUUGUUAGUUAUAUUUUAUUAUAUCAUGUCUUGUCUCUUUCAUAACCAAGGAGCACGGAAGUGUCGGUAGCGGUACAGAGGCCGCGGGCCAUCUGGAUGGAGCUGGGGGUGGCGGCGGAGUCUCCACGAAGGACAGCACUAGCGACCAAGACGUACCAGUAAGAGCAACCAAGUCUGCUUCAGGUGGAGGACGGCCACCCGCUCCUCGGGAAACCGCGAAGACAAUCGCAUCUCGCAAGUUCUACGCCGAACGUUACGGAAGUAACGCUGGUGGAGGCAGUAGUCAAGCCAAUCGGACAUCCGCUUCCGCAUCAUCGGGAGGUGGCGGCCUAUCCGCAUCGUCGGGUGGCAACGUCCUAGGCGCGAGCUCCGGAGGGUUGCACUUAGCCGACACACCAGAUGGAAACGUGUUGCGCGAAGAGAAUCGGUAUUCGAGUGUACGGGUACAGAGGGAUGCAGGAAUGGACGACCUUGAUGUGGUCGACAUGGACGAGAACGAGGCGCCAGUUUCUGCCUUCGUCAAAAAACAUUUCUACGCAUCUGCGGGUGGCCAGCAUGCAACGACCGUCGAGAAGCACAGCCCGGAUCUCGACCACCUGUCGGGAACUGCCGUAAUGAACAAGCUGGGUGCUGCUGGAAUCAACUACGUACAUGCGAAUCUCAACGCUGACGGGAACAAAGACCCAGAGGUGGAGCAGCAGGACGCCGUGGUAAAGGAAGAGCUAAAUCGAAAAUUGAAAUUACUUGACGCCCAGAUCGACCGGUUCAAGAGGGAAAAUGAGCAGUGCAAAAAGCUUCGUCUGGAGCGUGAAGCACUGAUGCGCAGUACAGAAGCCGAACGGAAAAAACUGAAGGAGGAAGUCGAAAGGGAGCGUGCAGCGAUGAUCGCAGAAAUAGAUGACGAAAGGGAGAAAUUGCGGAAAGAGCGCUCACGCAUACACGGAGAGCGAGAAAAGCAUCGAAAACAGGUGGUAUGGCGUUUUGUAUACUAGAAGUGAAGUAGUGAUUGGUGACAUGAUUAUGUUCAGGAUGAGAGAGAAGUUGAGCAACUAGUUCAAUUACAAUUUGAUUCAUAUUCAUCGUAGCUUGCAGGUGGUCAAAAGUAGGUUACUAUCGUGUUUCACGACUGACAGUGACAGUAAUUGUCCUUGUUAGAAGAAAUGUGAUCAUUGUGAAUGCUCUGCUCCUCUUCAUAUCCGGCGGAAACGAAAGCGGAGCUGAGUUCUGCCGAGCAGUUGAGUAAGCAGCUAAAAGAAGUGAAGGACGAGACGCAGCAGAAGGAAGCUCGCUAUCGGCGGACUAUUGAGCGACUACAGCGGCAAAACGAGGAACUGCUGAAAAAAAACAACGAAUUAACGGAGGAUUUGGCGUGGAUGAAUAAGCAGGUGGAAAAAAUGUCACAACAGGGAACAAAUGCCGCUGGGGGUGCGGGAUCGGGCACGAUCUCUGGAGCUAGUCACCAGCGCAAUGCUGCUGCUCAAGAUCACUACGAUGGGAAAGAUGCGGGCGGACAUUCGGUGGAGUCGAAUUUGUCGCGUAGCAGACCAGGCACCUCGCAGGGAGGCCAACACACAACGUCUCCAGGAAUGUCAGCUUCGAUUGCGGCAAACAACAAGACAGCAUCGAUUACAACUUCUACGGCGGAGACGAUCCCAGCAGCGUCUCCCGCAGCGAGCCACCUGAACCAGACGUCCUCAACACAGGUGCAACAGCAUUUGGUGACAAGCACGUCAACCCCAACCAAUCAACAUGUUGUAACUAGUACAGCAGGAGGAGGAGCAACUUCAGGAGCGUCGACUGCAGCCGGUCCGGCUGGAACGACCUACACUGGUGGAUCGGUGCUGCUCCACCAGCACACUCCGACUUUGUCUAACGCGGCUUCUCAGUCGCAGUUGCUAGACCAGACAGGUGGCGCUCGUGCGCUUUCCGCGAGUUCUGCCAUUCGACCGCUCUCCUUCACGAGCCUCAGUCUGUCAGGCACCCGUCCGCUCGUCGGGACUAGUGGCACACCACAACAGCAGCACCAAACAACGACUAUUGGUGGGCACCAUACGGUACAUAAUUUGACUGCAUCGAGUGGCGCAGGAGUCUUGUCCGGUUCUGUGUUUGGAACAACAACCAGCUCUGGGUCCACCGCUAUGUCUAGCUCGUCCACCACGCCGAAGAUGGCGGGUGGCCUUUGGAAGCACCCUACGGCAACGCUGGGCGGCGGGACGCCUUCGAGCCACCUGGGUCGCACCGGUGCGCAAGGAAAUCUGUUUGGAACGCAGAUGCAGUUGAGUUCUAGUACUACAGGGACAAGUGCUACCCAUCAAUUACAACAAAGCAGAACUAAUGCUAAUGGAGCAGGUGGUCCUACUGGAGGGUCGAGUCACUCGGUAAAUGGUGGUUUGAACUCGGUAAAUGGUGGAAAUUUUUACACCACAAGUAGUUCGACCACACAACAGCGCGGGUCUGUGCGAACGCCUGCAGCAGCGGUGUCUCAAGGCACCCCUGGCGCCGGUUUCAAAUCCUCUGGAGACGCAGAUGUCGCAAGCGACAUUCUCUCCUGUUUACCGGUCUUAAACGAACACAUUGCGGACCCGCAUGAAAUACCGACCGAGAAGCACGCCCAGGAUGGCCGCCUCGAGCGGAUUUACAAAGACGGGCGACGAGAGAUCUUGUUCACGAACGGCUUGAAGAUAUGACUUUUUUUCUGUGAAAUACAACGACACAUAGAAUUACAAAUAACUUGCGUAUGCUUGAUCAGAAGAUGGGCCUGACUGUCUGAACUUUUGCCUCCGCGUAGUUGAAAACUGGAUCAAACGGUCUAGUAAAUUUCGGUUUCCAUAAAUGAAACAAAUAACGUUAACGAGCAAAUUAUGCUCAUUCUAACCUGUAAAGUCCUCUGGCCUGACAAUCGUUGCACUGUGCUGUUCACCAAUGGGGAUACCAAGCACUGUCUUUCCGAUGGGACUGUGAUCUAUCGUUACGCGGAAACAUCCGCGACUCAGACAACAUUCAGCACAGGCAUCGAAGUCUUCCAAUUCGCGUCUGGUCAGAUUGAAAGGCACUUCCCUACUGGCGAAAAGAUAUGGCAACAGGUAAUAUCAAAGAACAAGAGAUCUUCAUCUGGACUAUGAAGAUGUCUGCAACUUAUCAUUAGCACGCAUGAAAUUGAAAUUGCUUCUUUGUUUUGUAGCUUGGCGGAGGCGGGUGGCUUCCGUCCCCCGCCGGGGGCUUGGGAUAGUUUUACUGUUUUCUUUUAAGGGGUAGGGUGGAUUUUUUGCAGGUCCUUCUUUGGCUCGGGAUAGCCUCACUUUCCACCCUCCUCCCUUCCGUACUUACUCGCUCACUGCCCUCCUUGUCUAAGUCUUUUCAGUCCCUUCGCCUUGCAUCAUCUUGAAUACUACUACUGCAUCUCAUACUAAUCAUUGUGUUCCUUCUUUGUUUUGCUCGUUUUCUGCCUUUUCUAAAAACCGAAAUUCGAUUUGCGAACGGGACAACGAAGAAAAUUUUUGAGGAUGGUCACGAGGAAAUCCGGUUCCCAGAUGGCGUGCUGAAGCACGUUCCUCCGAAAAAUAAAUGA